AUGCUCGGGGAUCUACUCAAGGCAUUCACUCAUAUGGUCUUUCCAAAUCCUACUCAUACCCGUGAUGACGCUAUGCUACACCAGGAAGGCAGGAACGAGGGAAGUCAAUUAUACAAUCCUCACGACCAAGGUCAACCGGCACAUUCAUCGUCUGACCCUGUCCGGCCAAAAUAUGGCCAUGGAAUUCCACAGGAGCACCGUGAUGCCCAACCUGACGCGAAUGCUGCAGUCACGGUCCCUUCCACGACUGCGAUCCGAGAACAUGAUGGCGACCGAAUGAAUACCCAGUCCGCCUCCACAGACUCUCGAACGGAAACGUUCCAAUCGAAUCGUCGGACAUAUUCAGAUGCAGUUCAGUCAGCUCCUUCUACCAAAGCUGGGGAAGAUCGAAAAACUGACACACAGGCUGGCAUGGUACCGGGGACUGUAAAUCACCGGAAUGCGGCGCCGUCCCAAUCCAGUGGCAGAGGUCCAUCAGGGUCGAUCGAAAUAGGACAUCGUACAACGAGGGAUACAAGCCUCCACGGUCGAGACGGGAGGGCAGAUCGAGAGACCUCGAGCGGCGUUCUAAGGGAGAGUCGUAUACCGAGGCAAUAUCUCGAAGAACAAAUUGCGCAUAUUCAGAAGCAAAAUCAGAGGUUAGAAGCGCACUUGUGUGACAUUCAGCGUAGAAACCAGGAGAUGGAAGCACAGCUAGGUAAUGCUCAGCACUCCUUGAUGAAGCAGAAAAAUGAGAUCGGGGAGCUGCGAAAGCAUCUAAUGAAUGAACAGGCAGCCGCUGCCCAUUAUAAAACAAAGGACGCUCAUAGCCAGGAGCUACUAGAUGCUCGAAUGAAAGAGUUACAAGGAGCACGUGCAUUCCUAAACACCUCCGACAUGUAUUCCGGAGCAGAUAUUGUGUCGAUGGUCAAGUCGCUGAAUGGGGAGAUUUUUCAAGCAGCAGCUUCCAUAACGGAUACAAUUGUCGGUUUCAUGUCCAGCCAAGUCUCAUUGGAGAAUGAUCCAUGGGCAGUGGAUAUUGUCAGCAAAACGUUAGGUGAAGAGGUCGCAACGCUUCUGCAGCAUAAUCAUGCUGUACUCGACGAGCACAUGACACUGGUGCAGAUCGCUCUGCAAGCAGGGUUAAAUCAGCGGUCUCAGUAUGUCCUUUGCCUCUGGGCUAUGCCUGGAGAGGCCAAUGAUGCAAUAAAUGGCGCAUUCGCUGGCAUUCAAAUGCAACAAAGUUGGUAUUCAAUUGACUGUCUUCACGAACAUAUUGCAGAAAUAGUGAAAGCUAUUUUGAUCGUGGCAGGCUGGUGGCCAAGUCGGAGUUCCGAAAUCGUAGCGAGAAUUGAGAGCACUAUCCGUGGAAGGAUUUCCGCUAUUGUAUUGCUCCUCGAGAAGCUCGAUAUAGCGAUGACACAGAUUACAUCCAUGGAUUUGACUCUUGAAAUGCCUACUCCGGGAGUGCAUUUCGAUACUCGGAGGAUGCAAGAUGAAGAUGGAAAAAGAUCAUUGACAGACGAGACUGUUCUAUGCACGAGUGAAAUUGGCCUAAUGAUGAAGAGUGUGGAUAUAGAUGGACGGUCCGAGGAAGCAAUUUUGUUGAAACCCAAAGUGGUGUUUCGAUCAGCGUUCAAAAGAUAG